UAGAACGGCCGAUGCCCGUCCAUAGGCAAUUUGCGAGAAAGUGGAAGAGCGACAUGGGUUUAGCAUUCGUCCAGUGGGCUGCACGAGUGCUUAAGAUCUAACGAGUACGGCGAGUCGCUGAGUCACAGACUCGGAAGCGACGGAGAAGAGAACCAUGGCUGGGAUUCACCGGGCGUUUCGAAGCAUCCAGACGGCAGUAGAAUAUCCACGUCUCACCAGAUUCUCUCUUAAAGCUCCUAAGAGCGUGGAGGUACAAUUUGAUGAUGGAAGUCUUUACAGGUUGCCAGCUGAGUAUUUAAGAGUUUAUAGCCCUGCUGCUGACAGUAAGGUCAGAUCCGUUGCGGGUGAGAAGGUAAUAUAUGGACGUCGUUAUGUGGGGAUCCUGUCAGCAGAACCUGUAGGGAACUAUGGGGUAAGGUUACUCUUUGAUGACCUGCAUAAGACUGGGAUAUUCACUUGGGAUUACUUUUAUCACCUUGGGAGCAACAAGUUCACCAUGAUGAGAAAUUACAUCACGACUCUGAAGAAGCAUGGAUUAAGCAGAGAUCCAUUAAAAAGAAAGUGAAAGCAAAGUUUUUCUCACUGCCAACCUGGCAAGAAGCAAUGCUAGAUAUAGGUAUGCUGUAUUGUUGAAGUCUACUUCCUGUCUCUUUGACAAAAGGGAUGCUUGCUAUUUGAAAUUUCAUCUUGGAAUUUUUUUUCUGUCUCCUCUGUGUUUAAUAUAUUCUGUGAUAAUCAUCAGUUAAAACCUUCUGUUUAUUUCUGUUCUUUUUGGUA